UUUUUGUUUUCGUUACUUUUUUUCUUUUUUCCCCGUUUUCUCGCCCCGCGGCCAUCCUUCAGCGACGGUUCGGCGCGGCGUGCACUUAUCGCGAGCGCGCGCGCGCACGGCCACCACCACCGUCGCCGUCACCGUCGUCGUCGAGCGCGUCGACUUCGUCGCGGCCAGUGUAACCCGCGACGUCCGACCAUGCGCAGACGCCAGGACCACAGCUGCAGCCGGCACGUCGCGACGACACCGUGAAGAGACGAGAUAUGCGCGGCACUGCGCUCUUCGCCACUGUCACCGUCCUCCUAACCCUCUUGGUAUCGCAUUGCGCGAGCCGCCCUUGGCAUCACCGGCGGCAACAGUGGCAGAGACCCUCAGUGUCACCAACGCGACCGGCGGCAACGGCUGCUUCGAUUUAUGCGGAGUACGAUGAUCCGUCCGUGGCCGUCAACGGUCAGCCGCCCUCGUCGGAUCAGAGCCUGCUACAGCAGGAAUCACAGGAACCGGAUUACGGGGAACCAGGGCGGAUGUUCGUGGAACCUGAACGAGUGUACGCGGAACCGGAACAGAACUACGAGGUGGAUGAAGCGGUGAGUGUGCUGAGCGACGGACGCGUGCACGGCGUGCAACAGCAACUGACACCGACGACUUCGGUGCCCGGGAGUUACGACGUCAGUAGCACCACGGCUAGUGACAAUACCGACAUCUCCAUUACCAGCUUCACCACCUCUACCACGACCACGACUCAGGCGGUGGAAACCCGGAAGAGUGGCUAUGUGGUGGACGGAAAACACUACAGGAAGUACAGGGUCGAGGAAGAGACGCCGGACGGGUUCAUCGUGGGCGAGUACGGAGUGGUCAGCCACCAUGACGGCACCACUAGAGGCGUUCGGUACACGGCCGACAGCAGCAUCAACCCGCGAGUCAUCUACGAAGCACUGGCCAAGUUCUUGGCGCUCAGGCGGUAGAUCGCACCGCAGACGGAUGACGGUGAACUGCCGCGGGCUAGCCGAAUGAUGUUCGGCUGGUACUGCAGUUGAUUGCACUUCAUAGAACACUUAUUUUUGCUGUAAAAUAAUCACGAAUUAAAAUAUUGUAGUGUAGGUCGGUUCGCUGUCGUUCGAAACUAUCAUUUUUUUUUUUUUUUUUUUAAACGAAAUUUCUAGUCAGGUUCUAUUAUACUUGUCGUCGCCGCCGCCAUCAUCGUCGUCGCCAACCGCAGCCGGCUUCAAUACAGAUAAAGUGGAGACCAACAACAAACAUCGUACUCGAACAUGAUAAUAAUGAUAAUAAUAAAAAUAAUUAUAUUAUAAAUAUUUAAGCGCGCGUAUUGUCCGAAUCGUUAUUAGUGCCAUUUUCCGCCAACAAUGUGAUGAAGAUGUAUGUAUAAAAGAUAUACUCUCACUCGUUAUAUGCAUAUAAUAUUAUAAUUUACUGUGACUGAAUGGAAAUUUGGAAAAAUGUAGAUUUAUCUAACAAUAAACAUUAUGUUUCGAUCGAAAUAUACGUGCAUACAACAUAUUACCUGUGUAUGUCAAUAAGAA